UUGGGAACGAAGGAUGGGUAGAUAGGUAGCGGAACCCAUAACAGCAGAGGUAGAGCUGCCAAUGGCGAAGCAAAUGGUGCGGUGUUUUUUACAUCUUCCGCUUUCAUCUAGAGCUCUUUUUUCACCUCCCGUUUGCUUUGCCACCAGAGCAGAGAGAACCACAGCCACCUCUACUGCUAAUUCUAUUAGCAACAAGAAGAAGAAGAGUAAGAAGAGUGAGGAGAAGAAGAAAGCAGAGUUAAUAGCGGUAAGGAGGGAAAAGGAGAAGAGAAGAACUCGUUCUGAUAAAGAAUUUGGUUCUUCUUCUUCAUUUGAUUUUCACAAUAAUGGAAAUCAUAUCCCUGUUAUGCUUGGUGAAGUUGUUGACGUCUUCUCUUCAUUGAAUCUUCGCUCUUUUGUCGAUUGUACUCUUGGCGCCGCCGGCCAUACCUCCGCCAUAAUCCAGGCCCAUCCUGAACUGGAAAAUUAUGUAGGGAUGGAUGUUGAUACAGUUGCACAUGCCAAGGCUCGAGCUUGCAUUGAUACUUUACUGCAUUCUCAUUCUAACUUGAAAGCACACACAUUUCUGAGAAAUUUCAAGCACAUAAAGUCUGUAUUGGCGGAGGUUGAUCCAAGUCUUUUGCAUUCUGGAGUUGAUGCUAUCUUGAUGGACCUUGGAAUGUCAUCCAUGCAGGUGAACAAUCCUGAAAGAGGGUUCAGCGUUCUUGCUAAUGGACCCCUUGACAUGCGGAUGGACCCUCAGGCGAGUCUGAAAGCAGAAGACAUAUUAAAUUCCUGGCUCGAUACAGAGGUGGGCAGAGUUCUACGGGAUUAUGGGGAAGAAAGCAAUUGGCAUUUGUUGCAGAAGAAGAUUGUUCAGGCUCGUUUACGUGGUGGUUUGCAUUCCACUGGUGAUCUUGUAGAUCUCAUUCGUAGUUUAACUUACGGGAUGAGAGGGGGGAGACAAGGCUGGAUAAAGAUGGCAACACGAGUGUUUCAGGCUCUGAGGAUAGCUGUUAACGAUGAACUCAACACUCUGGAGAAAUCCCUUAAUGCUUGUUUUGAGUGCCUUGCGCCUGGGGGAAGGCUUGCUGUCAUCUCUUUCCACAGUUUGGAAGAUAGAAUUGUGAAACAAACAUUUCUUAAGAUCAUUGAAACUGAUAGAGAGAAUGCAAACGUACAAGGGAGAGACGAAAAAGACUUACAAAAGAUUGAAGAUGAGAGUGAUAAAAAAGAAACAUGGAUUAGGUCAACAGUACAUGGCCGCAAUGGAACAAUCCUCACAAAGAGACCGAUAACACCAUCAGAAGAGGAAGAAAGGUUGAAUCGGAGGAGUAGAAGUGCUAAACUCCGAGUGAUUGCCAAAGGUUAAUUGUAGAAUAAUUGUCCACGGAAGCGCUCGAGUAUUAGGCAUUUUGAUUCACUUCUUAGCUACCCAUCUGCUAUCUAUGCAUGCAUAGGAAAUGAAUUGUAUAAACCAUUAGAAGGAAAUGGAAUGAGCAGAAGAGGCAGCUUUACUGGCAUUGCUGAUCAAUUCAUGGAAAUUAGGUCGGAGAAUUUCGAAACAGCAUCCGUGCGUGUCUCCAGGUUGUACAUGAGGACAUCUUGUGCCUGCUGAAAGAGUGGAAAUCAGUAGUCGUGAAGGAGACAACGGUAGUUGGUUUGUUAUUAGAAAUUGAAAUUGUAGAUUUUUUCUUAACAUUAUGUUUGGAUUAGAUAAGUAUUUGAAAAUAAAAAUUCACCCAAAAUUUCAUUCGGAGUAUUUUA